AUGAAGCUCUUCGCUACUCUAAUUCUCAUUGUUACUAUUUCUUUUACACUUUCUUUUGCUGCUGAAGAUGCUAAGAAAGAUGUUGGAACUGUGAUUGGCAUUGAUCUUGGAACCACAUAUUCAUGUGUUGGGAUAUUCAGAAAUGGUCAAAUAGAAAUUAUAGCUAAUGAUCAAGGUAAUCGUAUCACACCAUCUUAUGUAGCAUUUACACCUGAUGCUUAUUUCAAUGAUGCACAACGUCAAGCUACAAAAGAUGCUGGAACAAUUGCUGGUUUGAACGUAAUGCGUAUUAUCAAUGAACCAACUGCUGCUGCCAUAGCUUAUGGUUUAGAUAAAAAAGAAGGAGAAAAAAAUAUUCUUGUCUUUGAUUUGGGUGGUGGUACAUUUGAUGUAUCAUUAUUAACAAUUGAUAAUGGUGUAUUUGAAGUUGUUGCAACAAAUGGUGAUACACAUUUAGGUGGUGAAGAUUUUGAUCAACGUGUUAUGGAACAUUUUAUUAAACUAUUUAAAAAGAAAACUGGUAAAGAUGUUCGAAAAGAUAAUCGUGCUGUACAAAAACUUCGACGUGAAGUUGAAAAAGCUAAGCGAACAUUAUCAUCACAACAUCAAACUAAAAUUGAAAUUGAAUCAUUUUUUGAUAAUGAAGAUUUUAGUGAAACAUUAAC